AGCAGGAUGAUUUUUGUGAAGCGAGCGGUGCUGCUGCUGCUGGUGGUGGUGGCGGCGAUCGGCACCAACGCACAGCCGGGCCCUGAAGACUGUGAUGGGCUGAGCAAAAGGCUGCCAACUAAAGACCUGCACAAGGUUUUCGGGGACUGGGUCCUGGUCUGGUCCGUCUCUGAUAGUCAGCACGGCUGGGACCUCCUGGAGAACCUCUCCAGCUCCCAUGUCAAGCUUCAACUCCUCCCUGACAACAAAACCAUCAUGGCCAACGAGAGGAACAUGUUCCCUGAUAAGACGUGCUCUAAGUACUUUUUCAACUUGUCGAUGCCCUCUGACCCGUCCGACUCUGACCACCACACACUGUACACGGGCGUUGGCACGGUGGAGAAGGACGGAGUUGUUCUUCCGUACGAUGACUCCGGCAAAGUGGAUCUCUACGAGACCUGCUCUGACUGUCUGGUGGUGGUCUACAAAGGCUCCCUGAGCCGAUUCCUGCUCAUCUACAGAAGGGAGGGGCAGCAUCGGGAUGUUGAGCAGCUGAAAGCGGCCCACGGCGAUCAUCACGAACUGGCCGAGUGUCUGGGAUUUCCUCACGACAAACCGUUCAGCUACGACGGGGCCGCAGAUUAUUGUCAUAAGAAACCUUCUCCGUCGGUGGAGCCUGAACAGUCCUGAGAGAAGAUGUUGGAGCAAACGAGUGUCAACGUGUAUCAUAAAUGUC